ACAUACGCCUCCAUUGCUGCUUCUCUCGAUCGUUGCCUCCUCAAGCAAGCCCUCCCCUGUGAAGCCACCGCCGUUAGCCAUCUCCUCCCCUUUGAAUCCACCGGCCGGAGACGUCGCACCGAGCAACACCGGAGACGGUCGCACCCAACAGCUAAGUCCACAUUACAGGUGUUUUACAUCUGGUUAAGAAAUAAGAAUCAUGACAAAGAUGAGGAAGCUGAAUCGUCCUACUGGUCAUCGAAUCUCCAUGCUUAGGACCAUGGUCUCUCAACUGGUGAAACAUGAACGAAUAGAAACUACUGUUGCCAAGGCAAAAGAAGUUAGGCGUCUUGCUGAUAACAUGGUGCAGCUUGGAAAAGAGGGUACCCUUUGUGCUGCAAGGCGUGCUGCUGCGUUUGUGAGAGGGGAUGAUGUGAUUCACAAACUAUUUACAGAGCUGGCUUACCGAUACAAAGAUAGGGCAGGAGGAUAUACAAGAGUGCUUCGAACUCGGAUAAGAGUUGGUGAUGCUGCACCAAUGGCAUAUAUAGAGUUUAUAGAUAGGGAGAACGAGCUGAGGCAAUCAAAACCCCCGGCUCCACAGCCACCUCAAAGGCCAGCAUUGGAUCCAUGGACAAGAUCUCAGCUUAGCAGGAGUUUUGCACCUCCUAAAGAAAUCAAAAGCUCGGAACCAGAGGAUUGAAACCGGAAUCAUCCAUUUCGAAGGGAAUAACAAGGUAUUAGAAACAACAGCUUCUGGAAUCAUAUACUGAGUUUGUAGUCACCUUUAUGACAUUUCAGUAUAUCAUUUUGAGUCAAUUUCUGCAAUCAGGAACUAGAUCAUAAAUUUGAUUUGAAAUUUUGAAUCGUAUAUGGUUUGACAAGAUACUAAAAUGACCCGUUAUUGUUGAGUAUUUAUCAAGUAAUGCAAGCUCAAACCUGAUUUCAACUUGUAAAAGUUCAUGAACUCAAAAGAAAUAAGAGUAUGAUUGCAUAA